UUGAAUAUUUUGUCAAACAGAAUUUUAACGUUCUCCCAGAUCAAAUAACACAUAUUUUUAGCGUUUAUCAACUAGAGUUUCACUAUUAUAUUACAAUGGAUAAAGAUUCUUGCCAAAAUUUCUCAUUGGACUCCACGUCCAGUUCCCAAUUUGCACUUCCGCCUGUUUGCAAUCCCAAAAAGAAGAGGCCGGAAAAACAAAAGCCCGAGACAGUUGCUGAGGAGAGUUCUCCCCAGUGCUCCAACGUAAUCACAUCGUCGUCCUCUUCCUCGACGACCACCAUAUCGAUAGGGGCCUUCGACUCGCAAUGCAACCUCCACAAUCCACCAGUUCCCGAUGCCCCCAAUAUUGGCUAUGAACUGAACGUGGCCAAGUCAAUUCUUCAGAAGUACAGCACUCUCAGUGGCGACAAUUUAUACGACCACUUGAGUGACAUUAUAAAACGGGUGAUAGACGAGCGUCCUCCCAAUGUAAUAGACUUCUUCGAGGAAUUCAGCAGGAAUGUUCGUGAGCAGAAGUUCCAUUUGCCAGAGCGUUUUCCUCCAAGCGGAGUGUUCGACGAAGUUCGUACUUUCCGGGUGGCCAAGCGGAUUCUCCAGUCCAUGAAGCUGCCGUAUAUAAUCGAAGGUGAGGACCUGGUGGGCGAGGAUAUGUCCGUAGAGGAUACAAAGACAAACGAGGAACUGCGCAUUGUUAUCGACGACUCCAUGCGGUACUUCGUCACCUUCAACGAACGAGUCCAGCAGCUGCAGUUCUACUGGACGCAGUGUGGAUUCAGCAUCUGCAACGACGACAUCUUCCAGCUGGCCAGCGCCAUGAACCGCCUGCAGACCCAUCCCUCGAUCAUGCAGUGCAGGUUCUGGGGCUGUAUCAACGGGCUGAAGGCCUCCUAUUACAUAGUCGAGGCCUCACUGACCCGCGAGGAGAUUGCCUCCCGGUUGGUUAUGAUGCAGGACGAGAUGAGGGAGAAGCAGACUCCCCUGAAGAUGCGCAAGGACAGGGAGGACAAGCCCCUGCCUGCGCACAUCGGUCCGGAACUCACGCCGGGAAUCUACGGCUGGGAGGAGUACCCGCCCGAGGAACUGGAGAAGAUGAGACCCAAGGCUGUUCCCGUUCCCCUGGUCGAGGAAGCGGAGUUCUACGACAUUCCCCCAGAACUGAUUGGGCUCGGCUGCAACAGGUACUCCUACUUCGUGGUGAACUCUCUUUUCGACGACUGGAUCGAGUUGCCAAUAGUGACACCCAGGCAGAUCGCCGUCUCACGGCAGAUAAAAAAAUUCCUCACUGGCGACCUAGAGGCAGAUGUUGUCUCGUACCCCUGUUUUCCCGGCAAAGAAAAGCACUACCUGAGGGCUUUGAUAGGUCGCAUUACGGCCAGCACUUAUAUUGCCCCCGUGGGUUACUACCGACGGAUGACCAAGAAGGAGAAGCGACUGUUCGACGGCGAGGAUGAAGGCGAGGGCGAAGAGGAGGAAGAGGAAGAAGAGGAGGAGGAGCUCAACGAAGGCGAGGAGGAGCAAAUAGAAGAUAACGACGUAAUGCUGUUGAAGAACGAGAAGUACGAGGAGGAACCGCUAGGAUCUCUGGCCACUCCGGUGGCCUGGGUCCACGUACGAUCUAACAUCCUUAAUCAAGGGCGGGUAGUUUGGUACGAUGAGGAAAAGGCUCGAAAGGAGCGGGAGAAAGCCCUCGCCCUCUACCUGAAAAUGCAGUUGAUGGGCGAAAUGGAGGAUGAACUGGAGGAAGAGGAGGAAGAGGAGGACGAUGAGGAGGAGGGCGAGGAGGAGGGUAUGAUAGAGGGCUUCAAUCAGCCCGAAAUCGGACCCAGUAUCCUUUCCUCCUGUGCCAACGAUAUGUACGCCGAGGUUCCAGUUCCCUGGUUGGUACGGCUGACCAGCAAGUACACCAACCAAAAGGAGCGGAUGCUCCUCAUGCAGUCAAACAUCUGGCCUGGCGCCUUUACCUUCAUCUUUGAGAAGACGUGCGAGUCUAUAUACUUGGGCUGGGGCCAUAAGUACUUCGCCCGAAACAUUCCUUUCAAGCACUUGCCGAUAAUCCAGGAGGAGUACCCCCACGAGCAGGAGGACUUCAUUGAGGCCAGUGAUCCCACGGUUGAGGAGGAGGAGGCCUACAAGGCGUGGCUUCUGAGAAAGCAGCAGAAGGCCGCCUACGUCGCAGAAGACAUCGAGGAUUACGACGAUGACGAGUUCGCCGAUCAGUACGACGAUGAUUAGAAAAAUCCUGUUAAAUUUUGUGUUUGUCUUUACAUUUCAAUUCUGCAAUAAAAUGGAUUUGCAGUCCAA